AUGUUAAAUAUCCAUCAUGGACAAGGUUUGGACAUCUACUGGAGAGAUUAUUUGAAAAAACUUGAAAAAUUGCCAGAAAUAGAGGAUUAUUUGGGCAUGGUAAAGGACAAGACCGGAAGUUUAUUCAGAUUGGCAAUUAAGUUAUUACUGUUACAUGCAGGUGUGGGAGAUAAUGAUGAAUUGGUUGCAAUUGCAAACUUGUUGGGUAUAAUUUAUCAGGUCAGAGACGAUUAUUUGAAUUUGGUUGACAUCAAGUACUCCGCCAUGAAGGGUGUUACAUGUGAAGAUUUAAUUGAAGGCAAGUUGUCGUUACCUAUCUUGCAUUGUUUAAGAACUACAAAGAAUUCUCCAAUUCACGAAAUCCUAUACAAUCAUCAUACAAGCAGUGAACGCACCAAACAAACAGUCUUGAUUGACCAAUGUUUGAAAUUCAUGAAGACCAACUCGAGGUCAUUACAGUACACGUUGGACUUGAUCAAGAAUUUCGAAUCCAAGAUUAAGACGAUGUUGGAGAAGUACCCCAACCUGGAAAACUCAGCGUUGAUGAAGAUCAUCGAUCGCUUGUGUGAUCUCUAA